GAUCUAUUUAAUGCUGGAAUAAGACCUGCUAUUAAUGUGGGUAUCUCUGUUUCCCGAGUGGGGUCUGCAGCUCAAAUUAAAGCCAUGAAAAAGGUAGCUGGUAAAUUAAAAUUAGAACUCGCCCAAUUCGCUGAAUUAGAAGCCUUUGCCCAAUUUGCUUCUGAUCUUGAUCGAGCUAGUCAAAAUCAAUUAGCAAGAGGUCAACGAUUGCGCGAAUUGCUUAAACAAUCCCAAUCCGCUCCUCUGACGGCGGCAGAGCAAAUUAUUACUAUUUAUGCUGGAAUAAAUGGGUAUCUUGAUUCAUUAGAACUUGGACAGAUCAGCAAAUUUCUUAUUGAGUUAUAUACUUACUUCAAAACUAAUAAACCUCAGUUCCAAGAAAUCAUAUCGUCUACCAAUACAUUUACCGAUGAAGCAGAAGCCCUUUUGAAAAAAGCUAUUCCGGACCAAAAGGAUCGGUUUCUACUUCAAGAAAAACUUUAAAUAAGUACUUCAAUCAAAAAAAUUCAAACACAAUAGAAAGAUAUGGAAAAAUUGCGCCCAAUAGGAUUUGAACCUAUACCAAAGGUUUAGAAGACCUAUGUCCUAUCCAUUAGACAAUGGACGCUUUGGUGCUUCUUUUUUGCGUCUUACCCCUCAAAAUUAUUUGUAACAAUAAAUAAUUAGAUCGGAUUCUAGGUGAUCUUUUUUUAUUGUCUAUUCCUAUUCCCCUUUAAAAAUAUUCUCAUUAAUGAGCAUCUCCAAAUAAAUCUUUCAAAUAAUAAUCAAAUAAUAAUUUUUUUAUUCCAUUUUUAUUCAAUAUGAAAUUCAAAAUGAUUUUCUACUUCCUUAGAAAACAACGCCCGGUUGAGUAAGGACCGGGCCGUGCGAACAAGAAUAGCCUUUUCAACAUUUAAAUAAUUGAGUAAAAAAUCAAAACAAAACAUCUUAUAACUCUUAAUUUAGAUUUUUAUAAAAUAAUAUAAUAAAAAUAUUUAAAUAAUAGAUUGAAAAGCAUAAUCAAAAUAAAAAAAAUUACUUAGUUCUAUGUUUAUUAUAAAAUAAGAAUUCUCUAAAUAAAAUUUGGAGAGAUGGCUGAGUGGACGAAAGCGUCGGAUUGCUAAUCCGGUGUACGAGUUUUUCGUACCGAGGGUUCGAAUCCCUCUCUUUCCAUUUUUGUGGAUCGUAUUAUUUCUUUUUUUUUUUUUUUUUUAUUUGCAAAUUCGUUUUAUUUUAUUCUUCACGUCCAGGAUUACGCCUUGGAUCAUUAGAUAGGAACCCAAAGAUAAAUAGAGAAACAAAAAAGAUGACUACUGUGUAUACGAAGAGUUUGAGAGUAAGCAUUACAAACCUCCAAUAUUUUUUAUUGAAAAAAAAAUAAAUAGAAUAUAUUUUCUAUUUUGAGACCACAUAGGUACUAUAAGGUACCAAGAAAGAAAGUUGAAAUAGAGUUAAUUUUCUAAAGAAAAAAAUUUCAUAAAUCAAAUUGAAAUAAGAGUUUACCAAAUUAAAUAUGGGGAAUGGUCCUAAUCCUAGUAGAGUCUUUUACUAUAAAAAAAAGCUUUAAAAAGCAAGGAAGUUCUUAUUCUUAUUUUACUCAAUUUGUUUAAUUAAGUAUUUCAUCGAAAACUAACAACAGCCUGCCAAACAAAAGCUAAAAGAAAAAAAAGAACAGGUAUUAUUGGCAUAAAAUCGACGAUUGGAUUCAAAAAAGCAUAAGAUUCGGGCAAUUUGCCGAAUAAAAAACUACUUGAAUAGAAGACAGAAUUAAGACAGAUAAAACUAAGCAUAAAAGACAUGUUUUUUUUGAUAAUGAAUUAUUAAGAUAUGAUUUUUAUAAAAUUAAUAUAAAAACAUUAUAUUGAAUUCGUAGGGCGGGCGCAAAAUAUUGAUUCCUCUUUUUAAUUGAACCCUUCACAAUGACUAGAAAUAUUUCAAUAUUUAUAAUACACUAUAAUAGAAUAUAGACAAUAUAAUAAUAUACAAAAGAAAUAAAUUAACACAUAAAAAAAACCAGAACCAUAGAAUCAAAUUGAUAUCCAUUUUAAAUUCAAUAGACAAAAAUAAAAUGGUUAUUUAAUUUUUGAAGUGUUGAAGUGGGGCGUGGCCAAGUGGUAAGGCAACGGGUUUUGGUCCCGGAAUUCGGAGGUUCGAAUCCUUCCGUCCCAAAUCUUUUUGAUCUUAUUAUUUCUAUCGAAUAGAAAUAGUCUAUUGAGAUAGAAAUAAUAGAGAGAAAAUAAUCUAUCUACCUAAAUAAAAUAUAUAGAAAACCUAAAAGGAUAGUAUGUUUAGAGACAACUCAAACCAAUACUAGAACCUAUGACUAUUAAAGAUUCCCUGAUUUAAUCAAGUACAUAUUGGUUCCAAAUUCUAAGAAAGAAUAUUAUGGUCCAACGUGGUUUGCAACGAUGUGGUAUAAAUCAACAUGUCACUUUAAAGAUGAAAACCAAGAUCCGUUAUCUUGUUACAUCCACCAUUUUUUUUUUAUAAAUAAAAUAAUAGGUUAUUGGCUUUAUAGCAGUGAAUUUGUUCCAUAUGAUCUAAAUAAUGCUAUUUUGUAAUAGAAAGAGAUUUUGAUGUAUAUAGUUUAUAUAGUUAUAGUUAUGGUUUUUUUUGUAUAAAAAAAGGAGGAACUUAAAAUAGAUUUACAACUAGAGAGAUCGAAAGAACAGAAUUUCCUUUAUCCACUUUUAUUUCAGGAGUAUAUUUAUGUCCUUGUUCAUGAUCGUGCUUUAAGUGGUUUAAAAGGGUCAAUUUCUGCUGAAAAUAUAGUAUAUAAAAAAAAAUUUAGUUUUCAA